AUGGCAGUCUGCACGUCGCAGCUGGGUCUGACCAGCCAGCAUUCGAUCUUGACGGCUGCCGGCAGUUUAGACGGUCAUCAAAACAAGCUUCAAGCAUUUUCAUCCCCCCACAGCCCGUCAUUACUCGUCAGAAAGCCACGUGUCGUUUGCUCGUUGGGUCCUGAGAUCGAGAAGUCCGGGUUUGGGUUAAACGCAGUGACACGUGGCAGGAGGCCGAGCACGGCUUGCAGAGCGGAUAAAAAGGACGCAGCGAGAAAGGCGUUGGAAGAUGCUUUAUCGGGAAAGAAGGACCUUUUGAAUAAGUGGGACGCGGAGAUUAAGAAGCGUGAGGAGGGCGGCGGGGGAGGGGAGGGCCGGGGGAGGGGCUGGGGAGGAGGUGGAGGAGGUGGGGGAGGGGAUGGGGAUGGCGUGAGCGGCGGUGGGGAUGAGCGGUGGGAGGAGACGAAGCAGGUUCUGUUUGCGAUCGGCGGCAUGCUUGGCAUUGGCCUUCGAAUUGUGGCCUUCCUAGUCAACUGCAUUCUCUUCGUGCUUCGGGGCUUUAAGGGGCCGCGCUCGCAGCAGCAGGAGAUCUACACCCCCCGUGCCGCCACUGCUGGUGCUGCUGCGGACGGUGGGGAUGUGGGCGAUGCGGGGAAGAGAGAGGAGAGCGUGCGGCAGAAGUGGGGAGGGGAUGAAUGA